AGAUGGCAGUAACAAGAUGAAGAAGAGAAGCCACCUUGUUCUUCCUGCGAGCGGAGGAGAAGAAGAAGUCAGUUCGCGUUAGUGGUGCAGUUAGCCGACACUUGAAGAUUCAUCUGCUCGUUAAAGUUCGCAAGUCAUUGCUGUUGUAUGAUGCAGUCAUGUCUCUGCAGGUGACCUUGCAGCAGAGGAUCAACUCAGCCCAGGUGUUGCUGCAGCGGGCAGAGCACCUCUGUCAGGGUGUGGAGGGUCACCAGAAGCUCUGCAGUAAACUCAGAGCAGAACUGCGCUUCCUGCGGCGGGUGGAGGCCGGAGAGCUGCAGGUCAAAGAGUCUCACCUGCACAGCACGAACCUGACUCACCUGACAGCCAUUGUGGACUCGGCUGAGAGUCUGGAGGGUGUGGUCGCCCUGCUGCACGUCUUCACCUAUCAGGACGCCGCUGGCUGCAGGCAAACACUGGUGGUGGAUGUGGUGGCUAAUGAGGGACACACCUGGGUGAAGGCGGUGGGCAGGAAGGCAGAGGCUCUGCACAACAUCUGGCAGGGGCGGGGCCAGUAUGGAGACAAGAGCAUCAUCAGACAGGCUGAGGACUUCCUGCAGGCCAGUCGCCAGCAGCCUGUCCUGUACCGACACCCCCACAUCGUCUUCGCCUUCUACAACGGGGUCUCCUCCCCUAUGGCCAACCGCCUCAGGGACAUGGGCAUCUCUGUCCGAGGAGACAUUGUUGCUGUGAACACUGUGGUGAUGGAGGAGGGAGAAGAUGAAGAGGAGGACGAGCAGCAGGAGGAGGAGGAGGAGGAGGACAAGGACAAGCAGCCAUCUGAUAAUGAGGAGGGAGAGGAGUCUGAGCUAACCCGAGUCGACCGCAGCACGGUGGUGGCCAGCCUCGCGUUUCCUGUUCAGGUGCAUGUGGAGGAGUGUCAGCGUGUUAACCUCGACAUAACUACGCUCAUCACAUACGUGUCAUCACUGAGUCAUGGCCGUUGUCACUUCACCUUCAGGGAGCCGGUGCUGACAGAGCAGGCAGCCCAAGAGCGCCACCAGCAGGUGCUGCCACAGCUCGACGCCUUCAUGCAGGGGAAGGAGCUGUUUGCCUGCCGUGCCGCCGUCCAUGACUUCCAGGUGAUUCUGGACACGCUGGGGGGGCCCGGCGAGAAAGAGCGUGCUCAGAAACUGCUUGCUCGCCUCCACCUGGUGGAUGACCAGCCGUCAGAGCGCACGCUGCAGCUCACACCUAGCGCCAAGGUUAACCACCGCUCGCUCAUGAUCUUUGGCACCGGAGACUCACUGAGAGCUGUUACCAUGACGGCAAACAGCCGGUUCGUCAGGGCAGCAGCCAAUCAGGGAGUCCGAUACAGUGUGUUCAUCCAUCAACCGAGAGCUCUGACUGAAGGCAAAGAGUGGAGGGCCACACCCACCUGAGACAGAUACUUCCUGUGGAGGGACUGGUGGGAGUUUGAGUUUUUCAGCUGAUAAUAAAGAAGUGUGAUAACCCUGAGUUCAGUGAUAGAUGGAUGUUAUGUUUGUUGAAUGACUUCAGAAUCUACAUUCAAAGAUCAAUAAAGCAUCACAGUCA